UUCAAGAUGGCGAUGACGAACUGUCAACAAUUGUUAAACAGAUACAUUCGAUCAGGAAAUGUAGAGCAAGCAUGUGAGCUGUUGGAGGGAGGUGCUGACCCUAACUGCUUCUCCGAUGGGGUCACGCCGAUGCAUCUUGCGGCUGGGCUUGGACUGGAGCAACUCGGUCUGCUUUUACAGUUUGGGGGAGACCCUAAUGUCAGCCUGGAUGAUGGUACCACCCCACUGCAUGUGGCUGCUAUCUGGGGACUGACAGACAGUGUGAGACUACUGCUUGCCAACGGUGUAGACACUUCUCUCAGAGAUCAGGAUGGGUUUACAGCCUCACAACUUGCACGUCAAUAUGGCCAUAUGGCAGCCUGCAGCCUAAUAGAAGCCCAAAGUGAUGACUUUUACACAGCUGAUGACCAGACGCUGGCACCCAAAUACGCAUAUAGACGAUUGAGUGUGGAAAGUGAUGUCUCUCAGAAGUCCUGUGAAGUCAGCCCACUCUCCACCAGACAGCAUCCUCCACCCUCCACAAGGCAGUCAUGGGAGGUGAGUUCCCUUCCCCCAGACGAGAGUCCCCAGUCUGGGGCCAGUCAUCUCCACGGUUUCCUGGAGGAGUUUACGUCAGGUCGAAGGUCAAGCUUCUACACAAGGCUCAUACAGAGAGAUAUGGACAGGCAUUUCAGGAACGGAACCAGCAACUAUGUUGUAGAUGUCACUUCACCUGAUCACCCAUAUGUGGAGCUAAAAACGUCAGUGGAGGCAGGGACCGAGGACUCUCUAAAUCUCCAGCUCAGCACGUCAGACUGUGGAGAACAGUCCACAGAGAGCUUCGUCACCUGUGAUGGAGAGGAUUUGGAGACAGUUCUAAAGGAGCAGACCUCCCCCAGUCCCAGUGGGCACGAUGACAGCUAUGAUGACUACACUAGUCACAGCAUCACCACUGUGGUCAAGAACCCCAGAUAUGCUGGCAAGGACACAGGUGAGGAACUUCACUCCAACAGAAGAAACUUGCUGUCCAGAAAGUACUGUCGUAGAGAGUUGAUUGUCCCAGCAGAACCAAUGCAGGAGAACUCGGGUUCAGGCUGUUCUCAGCCCUGUGAGUAUUGCGGUGCAGAGGCUGUAAAGCAGGGAAACAACAGCACUUUGUGUGUGAAGUGUCACAGACUAGCACAGGAGCUAGACCAUCUAAUGGCAUCAGGUGAGCCAAAUACCAUACCAGAUCUGCUUAUGGGUGUCAGGGAGCCUCCAACCGGUUCUACCUCCGCACAACCACGGACAAACAUUUCUACAGACCGGCUCCCAGAGAUUGUGAAUCAGAGGGAUAAAACCUUCACAGUCAAAUCACACUCUUCUGACAUCACAUCUACAACAAACAAAGACACUUGUUUCAAUCAAAACCAAAAUCGUUCUCAUGGACAUACAAUUGUGAUCUCAAAUGACAGGGUCAAGUCUGGAAGUGAACAUGUGAGAUCAUCUAGGAUCUUAACUUCCAACCCAAAAUCUGUUUACUCCAAAAUUGAAGAAGAAAAAGAACCAAAACCUGUGAACUUGAAAAGUAAAGAUGAAAAGAAGCACAAAACUGCACAUGAAAGGUUAAGAAAGGAAGUGGAUUAUAUACGAGAAGACCAAUCAAAGUCUAUCCUGUUGUCAAGUAAUAGAUUAUGCAUGCAGUUGCCUAAUAAUAACCCAAUCAUGCAGGAGCUUGUGAAUCGAAUGAACAGGACCAGUCUUGACUUGCGAGACGGGCCUGGGAUGUUCUCUGAUAGUACUUUCACUCACGUAACUCGAUUGGAUCAUCUCAAUGACUCCUUGCUCACCAAUGACGAGAGCUUCAUGGAACGACACCCACCUUUUGUCAAGAAACAUUUUCAUGAAAGUGAUAUAAGCAUGCUAUCUGCUGACACAACAGUUGAUGCAAUUGACAAUGCCACUAUUGCUGAUGUGAAUAAGUUGUACAGAAACAUUGUGAAGAACAAAUUCCACCAAGGUGAUAUCAGUACAGUAAGUACAGACACAUUCAAAAGUCAUGACCCAGUUUCUGAAAGAAAUAUGGGUUUUAUUGACACCAACUCUUCUUACAGAAAAUCAAGCUCUUCAGCACAGAAUUCCCUGCAAAAAAGAGCUAACAGUUCAUCGGAUUCACAGAAACAAACAAAUGCUUGCAAUAAUAUAAAUGAUCUCUGGUCAGAAGUUAGGGCAUGUAAACAUGAAAAACAGGUGUUCAAAGAUAAAAAGAAUGUUCUUGACACUGCUUUUUGUGGUAGAGAAUCUGCCUGCCCCAGUGCGUACAGUGAUGAGUCCACGGUGGACUAUGUGUACACAGACAAAGAGAAUGGUAUUACCCUGAUUGAGAGGCAUCUGCCCUCCCUGUGUGGAAGCGUGGCCAGUAGGAGGUCCAUAGACAGUGUAUUGAGCCAGCGGACAGUGGGUAGUGAUGACCCAGCCCAGCAGUCAGUGCGUCCCUCGCUGGACUCCCAGUGUACAGAGCCGUAUGACUGGCGGGACCGAGGCAUGCUAGAGACCUCGGGGGAUAGUGGAUGCGGCACUGUCAGUGCUCCUACGUCUCAGCCCUGCUCCCAGAAACUGCUGGCACUUGACAAUGAUGCCAUAAGGUCCAAACUCUGCACGUACGGUGCUGACCCAGGCCCCGUUACCAAGACAACCAGGCAGGCCUACCUGAAGAGACUGAGUCUGUUGGAGAGCAACCCAGACCAGAAACUCACAGUAACAAGGACACCUGAGUACCCACGGGAGUUGCGGCAGGCCCUUAGUGGUAACCUGGACCUCUCAGAGAUGUCCGAUCUGGAGAUGCAGAUGUUUGAAGCCUUCCAGAACCCGGACCCACAGCGACGCUGGAGGGAGGGAACUCUCAAAUCAUCAUUUAACUACCUCCUGCUGGACCCCCGUAUCACAAAGAAUCUGCCCAAUAGAGUUUGCAAUAUGUGUGAGCUCGAUGUGUUCCAAACGUUUAUAGGGGCUACGUUCUACAUCGGGAAGGGCAUGAGAGCGCGCCCAUACUCCCAUCUAUAUGAGGCCAUCAAACAUCAAAACAACCCGGCCAAGAAGGCAAGUGGAAAGGUACAGCGAAUCCUAGACAUCUGGUUAGGGGGAGAGGGGGUCGUGUCCUUACACUGCUUCCAGAGUGUUAUCCCCGUAGAGGCGUACACCAGGGAAGCAUGCAUGGUCGAUGCCAUAGGUCUGGAGCACCUGACCAAUCAAAAACGAGGUGACUACUAUGGCGUGUCAGUCACUUACAGCGCACCAAGGAAGAGGACAAUGGGAGUUUAUCUGCUGAAGAAAGCACUUCAGAUAUUCCUUGCAGAGGGGGAACGGCAGAUAUCUCCAGCUGACAUCAAGAAACCUUAAAUAUUGGCAAUAUUUCCCUAGUGGGCAACAAGAAACCUCGUUUACCUGCCAGAUAUCCACAGUGGGCAUCAAGAAACCUUGAAAACCUGCCAGAUAUCCCCCAGUACACAUCAAGAAACCUUGAAUACCUGCCAUAUACCCCCAGCUGACAUUAAGAAACCUUGAAUACCUGCCAGAUAUCCCCCUGUAGACAUCAAGAAACCUUGCAUACCUGCCAGAUAUCCCCAGUGGACAUCAAGAAACCUUGAAAACCUGCCAUAUAUCCACAGUGGGCAUCAAGAAACUUUGAAAACCUGCCAGAUAUCCACAGUGGACAUCAAGAAACCUUGAAUACCUGCUAGAUAUCCACAGUGGACAUCAAGAAACCUUGAAUACCUGCCAGAUAUCCCCAGUGGACAUCAAGAAACCUUGAAUACCUGCCAGAUAUCCACAGUGGAGAUCAAGAAACCUGUUAGAUAUCCACAGUGGGCAUCAAGAAACUUUGAAUACCUGCCAGAUAUCCACAGUAGACAUCAAGAAACCUUGAAUACCUGCUAAAUAUCCACAGUGGGCAUCAAGAAACCUUGAAUACCUGCCUGAUAUCACCAGUGAGCAUCAAGAAACCUUGAAUACCUGCCAGAUUUCACCAGUGGACCUCAAGAAACCUUAAAUAUCUGCUAGAUAUCCCCAGUGUACGUAAAUAAAUCUUGAAUACCUGCCAGAUAUCCCAAACUGACAACAGAAUAUCCCCAGCUGAAAUCAAGAAACCUUGAAUACCUGCCAAAUAUCCCCAGUGGACAUCAAGAAACCUUGAAUAUCUGCCAUAUAUUCCCAGGUGACAUCAGGAAACCUUGAAUACCUGCCAGAUAUCCCAAAAUGACAUCAAGAUAUCUUGAAUACCUGCCAGAUACCCCCAUUGUACGUCCAGAUAUCCCCAUUGUACAUCAAGAAACCUUGAAUACCUGCCAGAUGUCCACAGUGGGUAUCAACAAACCUUGAAAACCUUCUAGAUAUCACCAGUGUACGUUAAGAAACCUUGAAUACCUGCCAGAUAUACACAGUGGGCAUUAGAAACUUUGAAAACCUGCCAGAUAUCCCCACUGUUCGUCAAGAAACCUUGAAUACGUGCCAGAUAUCCACAGUGGGAAUCAAGAAACCUUGAAAACCUGCUAGAUACCCCUAGUGUACGUCAAGAAACCUUGAAUACCUGCCAGAUAUACACAGGGGGCAUCAAUAAACUUUGAAAACCUGCCAGAUAUCCCCACUGUACGUCAAGAAACCUUGAAUACCUGCCAGAUAUCCACAGUGGGCAUCAAGAAACCUUGAAAACCUGCUAGAUAUCCCCAGUGUACGUAAAGAAACCUUGAAUACCUACCAGCUAUACACAGUAAGCAUCAAGAAACUUUGAAAACCUUCCAGAUAUCCCCAUUGUAUGUCCAGAAACCUUGAAUACCUCAGAUAUCCACAGUGGGCAUCAAGAAACCUUGAAAACCUGCUAGAUAUCCCCAGUGUACUUCAAGAAACCUUGAAUACCUGCCAGAUAUACACAGUGGGCAUCAAGAAACUUUGAAAACCUGCCAGAUAUCCACAGUUGGCUUCAAGAAAAAUUGAAUACCUGUCAGAUUUCUCCAGUGGGUAUCAAGAAACCUUGACGAUCAGCAAAAUAUCUCCAGUGGACAUCAAGCAAUCAUGAAUACCUGCCAGAUAUCACAUGUAGACAUCAAGCAAUCUUGAAUAUGUGCCAGAUAUCCCAAGUGGACAUAAAGAAACCUUGAAUUUUUGCCAGAUAUCACACGUGGACAUCAAGAAAUCGUGAUUACAUGACAGAUGUCCCAACUGGGCAUCACUUAAUCUUAAAAAAUGGCCAGAUAUUCCUAAUGGUCAUCAAGAAAUCAUGAAUAACUUCCAAAUAUUUGGAAUGAGCAAAAAGAAACCUUGAAUAUUUGGCAGAUAUUAUCCAUGGACAUCAAGAAACUUUGAAUACUAUUGUAACAGGGACAGUGGAAUAAGUGAAUUCAAGGUUACCAGUACUAAAACACACACAAUUUUUCUGCCUAUUAAAUUAAUCAUGUAAUUCAUGAACCAUUGUGAACAGGCAUUGUAGCAAAGUUUACUACCACCAAAAUCUGCUGUCCAAAACUUUUAACCCUCGCCCUAUCCCUUCAAACAUUCUGUCAUAUAUUCAGGGUCCCAGCCACUAUUAUGACUAGGCUCCCGUAAAUUUGAUAGCUGUUUACUAAUUUCCAUAGUAAUUUUGUGUAUUUUAUAAUUAAAUUGAAGGCAAUCAUCAUUUUCUGAUCAUUAACGCUCGUUAGAUUCUGGAAUGUUUAUACUGUCUUGCUUCAUGACAUGCAACAUGGAACUUUACAAAAUACGAAAUUCAAGAUAUUAUACACAUGGUGUAACAGUGUUGUGUUAUAAAAUGAGAUUAUGAAAUUGUUUAGGUGCUGAAGUAAUUCAUGUAAAUGUUGGUUUAAGUUUACACAUAAAAAUGGGGCUAUAUAAUAUUUUUUAGGUGGGUUGCACUUCCUCGCUGGACAUUACGAUUUUGUUUACUAUUUGUAUUUAAAGUUAUAAAAUGUUUAUUAAGGAAUGAAUUUUAUGAAUUAGUUUAUUGUUUGUUACUUUGAUUUUUUGUGCAAUGUGUUUUCUUUUUGUUUUGUUUGUUGAAUGUUUAUUUUAGCUGCCCGUAUUGUUAUAUAAAUAUUAAUAGUUUUCCUCUAAUUAGUAAGGUAUCAGUGUUGAAUGUCUUAAAUCUUUGCUACCUGUUAUGUAUUAUGUAGAUCUAUUAUAUAUACAUGUACAUAUAUUUCAUUGACAUUUGUGCAACAGAUAAAAAAAAUGCUCUCUAUAAUACUAUGGGAAAAUAACUUGACUGAUCCCAAAUAUUAAUACUUUUAUUAUUGUUAUUGCUAUGAUUAAUAAUGAUAAUAAUAUUUACCUUGGUUCAAAAGCUUUCUUAAAUUGCAGAAUAGUUAAGAAAUUAGAUCAUGUAAAUUUGAUUCUGUUUUGGUUAGUAUGUUAUUGCUUAGAAAGUCCCUAUUGGUGUAAACAGCAAAAAAUAUGGGUUUAACCCCAGUCUAUCUGUUUGUCCAUCAAAAUCUGGAUCCUGCGGUAACUGCAAAACGUCUUUGGUUAGGCAGAUUAUGUGGAUAAAGGGCCAUAUGGGGGAAUGAGCACGUUAUUACAGAUUUUUUGUCAGACAAAAAUUGUUGUUGCUUUUGUUACACAUGAUAGGUUCCAAAAUAAUAGCAAACCAAACACUAAAAUCUGGAUCCUUCAAUGACUCAAAAAAGUUUGUUAGGUUGAUAAAACUGAUGUGGUGAUCGAGGGCCAUACGGGCAUUAUGCAGAUUAUUUCAGUUUUGUCAAUUGUCUAUCUGGAAAACCUGGAUCCUGAGAUAAGCAACACGCACUGAAGCUAGAUUGAGAAUACUAAGUAUGUGAAAGGGUCACAUAGGAUAAAGCUCAUGAUUUCAGUUUCUUGUGAGACAAAAAUGCCGUUUGCUGUGCUUACAGAAAUAAGUGAAAACUAAAAUCAGGGUCCUAAAACAACUUAAAUUUUUUUUAAUCAAAGUUGACGAAUCUUUGUAUGUGUGUGGAGUCUCAUAUGGUGAAUGCUUUUUUUUGGGGUGUAGGCCUUUUGUCAGACAAACUUUUAGUUCCUAUGGUUUAAAUAAUAAUUGGAAACCUAAAUCUGCAUCCUGCUAUAACGAGAAAGUACUAAUGUUAAUGCAACUUAAAGAGAUCGUCCUCUUACUACCACAACAUCAAUCCAGUAGAGCAGCUGUGUUGUCUGUGGUGUAACCUGUAUUAUUGUUGUGUUGUAUAUUGAUUAUGGUUAUGGAAUUCUCAUUCACUGUUCAUCAUCUUUUUAACUGUGUAUUUUAUUACAGAUCUUGUAUGUUUUAUUCAACUUUAAAUGUUGCCGUUUGUAGCCAUGCAUUUGCAUCAAAUGUUUAUACUUUGAUGCCAUAUAAAGUUGAGGGAAAUAUCUACAAUCACUUUGCUCAGUGAAGGUUUUUACAUUUGGACUUGUCACCAAAUAGUCAAAGCUAUGCUACUCACUUACUUAUCGGCAUCUGCUUAAUGCUCUGGUCAUGGUAAACGUGGAGCAUCUCCAAAUCCCUUUCUUCUACUUCACAAAUUGUAAGAGGUCACUGAUUAAGGUUUAUUACUCUGACUUUCAAUUUAGCAUAAUUAUGCCUUUUUUUGUCUUGGAACUUUGGGUAAGGUAAACAUGCAACUUCUCCAUAUCACCGUUUUAUUACUUGUUUUCAAUCGAAACUAAACACAGGUUCAGGUCAUUUUGUUGAACUCAGAAAUUUCAAUAAGGUUAACAUACUUAGAAAAAGUAAGUUUCAAGUUUGCAUGAAGUUGACAUGAAUAUUUAUGCCCCCCCCCCCCCCCUUCGAAAAAGAGGGGGUGGGGAAAUUGUUUUGCUGGAUGUCGGUCAAUUGGUCUGUCAGUAGACCAGUUCGUUACCGAUCAAUAACAUGUGAACAGAUUGACCAAUUUGCUUGAUACUUAUCAUGUGCAUUGGCCUUUGCCAGUAAAUGACCCCUAUUGAAAUUUGGGUCACUAGGUCUAAGAUCAAGGUCACUGACACACUUAUAGCAAAAACAUAUCCAAUCAAUAACUUGUGAACUAGGUUAAAUCAUUAAAUAAAACAUUAGAACUGUA